UCAAGUUUACUGUACAUGAUUUCCUUUAUUUGGAUGCAUGCUGUUUCUUUGACAGAACCUUGGGUGUGUGCAGAGAAAGCCCACAUUGAGGCAGAACUUAAAGCUUCUGAAGUUGCCUCUCGAAGGAAGGCAGAGGCUGAUUUAAAGUUGCAGCGUGAGAGACAACGGGAAGCUGCUCGGAUUGCUCUUCAAAAGAUGGAAAGAACAGUUGAAUUUGAAGACAAUCUGAAGAUACUAAGAGAUCUAGAGAAACUAUGUAAAUGCUGUUCAGAAGCUGAAAAUUUGAGUGGUAAUGGAGAUGGAUUCACAAUCAUAUUGGGGGAGAACCCUCUGGAAAGGCUUGGCUUAUGCAUCAAAGAGGACUACUUAUAUGAUGAUGAAGAUGAAGAUGCAAUAUUGAGUGGUGGAGAUUGGGAAGAUGGAGAGAUCUUGUAAUAAGAGCGCAUUUUUGUGAAACGUUUCUUGUUUAUACUAGCCUGCUUCUCCUUGUGUAUAUGCACCGGUUUUUAUCUCACCCUUAAUCCAGUUUCAUAGGAGAGUUAAUGUAAUAACUGCAUAUAUCUGAUUUUUUUUUUUUCAGUUUGUGGUAUAUACCAACUGGUAGGGGUUUGUUACUCAUAAUAAACCAAGCAUUCAGAAAAAUAAUCCCAGGUGUAUUAUAAUUCUA